AUGCAAUUCAACAAUACCCCGUGGAAUGCCACGGGCACCACUCCGGGCUUCGCCGGUCAAGCCCUGGGCUGGAUGCGUUUCUUCUGUUGCACAAUGCCCGCGCGUGGCCUACAAGCUUCAUUCACCUGGGAACUUUCUCGCAAGUUCUGGUAUUCAUUCCUCUUCGUCUCCAUCUUCUUCGCAAAGCUCUUGCAUAUCUGGGCCCAUAUCGAUUCCAUCCCCGUUGGAACCCUGUUCCUUUGGGGUUCAACUUUUUUCGUGCAGGACAUCAUCUUCCUGUUUCUGGCACACCUCUUGUCGCGCAGCUAUCAGCACAAAUGGAUUCGCAUUGGUGCUGCUACGACCAUGAUUGUGGCUAGUCUCGUCCUCUCCGUCAUGGCCGCUGCCAAUACCUCCUUCUACUUCACUACCGGAGCCGAAAUCCACUGGCGCCAGGCUGGUGGUUUUAACCGCGAUCCCGCCUCCAUCAACACUUUGCUCACCGGUCUCACUGGUCUUGUCAUCGUCGAGGCCCUCUAUAUCGUGGUGGCCGCACUUGCGACUCCGCACCUCUACAAUGCGGUGGGUGGAGUGAUGCACACGUGGAGCGAAUUCUUUGUUUCGAUCACCAAGCCCCUGGUCAAGCCUGUGUUCAGGCCUCUAAUGGAGAUGGUCUUCAGCCGAUGGAGCAGAGGACGCAAGCUGUUUGAGGAUUUGAAGAUCUAUGAGCCAGUUCCUCUGGGUGACUAUGAAGAUGACGAAGACAAGAUGAACUCGGCUCCCCUGCUCGACCAGCCCACCCAGCCGCGAUCCAAUGAGGAGGACUUCAGCCUCGGACUCGGCCUCAAGCAGCGAUGGAUGAACAGGAUGAACAGUGGUUUCGACGAUCUUAAACAGGACUGGAGACCGAUCGCCAAGCGUGCGCUGAUCAUUGUUCCAACUGCAAUCAUAUUUAUUCUCCGUCUCGCCCGUCCCUCUGAACAAGCGCUCUGGUUUAUGUCCCAGACAGUCAUUAUUUCCCCCUUUGCCGGUGUCGAUUCCAAGGGCAAGCUUCAGAUGAUCUCGGACGACCCUUAUCUGCACGGCAAGCUGACGGCUUUGACUGCACCCCCUCGUUGGGAUUGGUUCCCUGAGGGCAACUGGCCCGGAUUCCGCGACUGGGAGAAAGGUGGAUUCGAUGGCAACAAGUACUCUCACUACAACGCUACCGAGGACCCUCUGACCAUCUCCAACCUGGGCGAGGACAUUCUGGUGCCUCUCCGGGACGCUCUCCACGGCGGCAAAGUGAACAUCAAGCAUAUCUUCGUCUUCAAGAUGGAGAGCACCCGCUACGACGUUUUCCCCCUCCGCAAGGGCUCCUAUAUGCAUGAGCGUCUCGUCAAGUCACACAAGAACAAGCGAAUUCCCAAAGAUGUCCAGCGCCGCCUGGCAAACCUGACUUCGGUCGCUGAACGCCUGACUGGUGCCGAAUCCGGAUUCCACAAGAAGGGUGCUAUCAAGCCUUAUGGCGGUAUUCGUGCGGACAACUCCUACACCGGUGGUACUUUCACUCUGAAGAGCAUCGAAGCGACUACCUGCGGUCUUUCUCCUCUCGUCAUCGAUUUCAACAAGGAAUACGAGCACCACAUUUACAACCCCUGCAUGCCUCAAGUCCUUGACGUUCUGAGUGCCAAAACCAACGACACCAAGAGCAGCGAUUACAAGCUGUGGCCCUGGCGCCCAACCUUCAUGCAGUCGAUUACCGAUACCUACGAUCACCAGAAUCUGUUGUCCCCCGCACUCGGUUUCAAGCCGGAAAACAUCGUCACUGUCGAGUCUAUUGAUGAGGAUAUCGCGAACGGCAAGAAUUUCAACUACACCAAGUUUAACUUCUGGGGUUACCCCGAUGGAUCCCUGAAGGGCUACUUCCGUGAAGCCAUUGAGAGUGCCGAGGCCAAUCACGAGCGUCUCUUCCUCACACACCUGACUGGUAUCACUCACCACCCCUGGGAUACUCCCGAUGGAAAAUACGACGAUCUUUUCGGUUCCGAGUCCAACUCUUUUGGUGGAAAGAACGAUCAACUCAACCGCUAUCUGAACACUGUCGGUGUCAACGACAAGUGGUACGGAGACUUCCUGGAUCUGCUGGAGGAGACCGGCGUUGCCAACGAGACACUCAUUGUCAUGACUGGUGACCAUGGUCUCUCUCUCCCCGAGGAUGGCAACGUUACUCCCUACGACAACCCUCUCGUUUCCAACUUCCACGUUCCUCUCAUUUUUGCCAACCCUAACAUCCCUCCCAUCUCCAUCAACUCCUCCGUGAGCUCUGUCCAGAUCAUGCCCACCAUCCUUGAUCUUCUCAAGACCUCCGGAUCUCUUGACCACGUCAGCGCUCGCGCUGUUGGCGAUCUGCUCCCCAUGUACGAGGGACAGUCCAUGAUUCGUCCCAUUAUCGCCGAAAACAACAGCACCGCCUACUACCAAUUCACCGUCAUGAACACCGGUGGCUCCCUGGUCGCUAUGCGCUCCGCCAAUCGUCCAUACCGCCUCGUCGUUCCCCUGGUAAAUGAGGUCGAGUGGCGCUUCAGUGACCCUUCCACGGACCCGCAGGAACAGAACCCUAUCAAGUCGUUCGAUCUCGACGGCCUCAUCAAAGCCGUUGAGGAGAAGCACGGUUCUGACGCUGUCAAGUGGACCCAUGAUGCUUCCCAUGCCGCUCAGUGGUGGGUCGCUGACAACUGGCGCCGCUACGAAUAUGACCCCUCCCGGCCGAAGUCAUCAUCCAAAUCAGGCUGGUCUGAGGGAUACAAGGGCCCAUGA